AUGGUAAAUUACGUUAUCUUCAACCUCCGUGACUGUUCAUUCCCCGUGGUUUUGCUAAUAUUAUCCUUGAUUUUUUGUCUUUCAGAUGCUCUCCAACAAAGUGUUCCGCGUCUCCCAGCUGGUUGGCCGUGGCUUCCAGAACGGCUUCGUAUACAACCAAGUCGCCUUCGCUUCCUCGGGUAUGCUUUUUUUCUAUUUUUGUUUUGGUUUUUGUCAAUUUGAGAGAAAAAAUUAAUGUAAGAGUAUCAGCUUUGGAAGAUUUUCGAAAAUCCUGAUAAAAAGCGCAAAAAUUUAUGAGUUUUUGCGCUUUUUAUCAGGAUUUUGAAGUAUUAGUUCAAGUAGGAGGUCGUUUCGGUAAUUAUUGAUAAUUCUACAGUCUUUUUGCGCCAUAAAAUCCCCGUAAAUCGAACGAGUAUAGCAUGUUCGCGAAGAAAACUGAUAAGAGCCUUCAGAGGGACCUCAAAUCUUAACGAUUCCGCUCUCGAAACUGGUCAUUUUGCUUUGUCUUUAGUAGUUUAUUGUCGAAGGUGCUGAAGAAGCACAUAAUUUUGAAAAAAUGAGCGUUGGACAAGAAGUUUCGUCGGAAAUUGGACAAAAAUUGAAUAUUUCUUCAGGAACCCGCGAAUUCAUCAAGGUCGAGAAGGUGGGAGAGAAGAAAAAUGUCGGACUCAUCACCCUGAACCGCCCUAAGGCCUUGAAUGCUCUGAAUCGAGGACUUAUGAACGAGGUAAGCAAGGGUAAAGUCAAGUGUAAUGUAAUUGAUCUUUUUGGUUUGUUUUUUUGAAUUGAAAAUGGAAGUGGAUGAUGCUUAGGUGGUGUUUAGUCUUGUAGAAGUUUUGAAAAGCGUUUUGAGAGAAGAGAGUUACGAAAUUUGUUUACCUUAUUUUAGAUAGCCGAGCAAGUUGUUGAGUUUGAUAAUGACAAAUCCGUUGGAGCUAUUGUCCUGACCGGAUCGGAGAAGGCUUUUGCUGGUGAGUUAAAUCUUCCAGUUGAUAUUAGGUGUCGUAUUUUGCUUUGGUUUACAGAAAUGUUUUGACUUUUAGCUCGAAUUUUGACAAAAGUUUUGUUUGUUUUAAAUUUGUUACGAUGUUUUCGUUCCAGCCGGCGCUGACAUCAAGGAAAUGAUCCCCAACACCAUGGCCAACUGUUUCCAAGAAAGUUUCCUCGAGAAUUGGGCGCAGGUCGGCAAACUUCGCAAGCCAAUCAUCGCGGCCGUCAAUGGGUACGCGCUGGGAGGAGGCUGCGAAUUGGCCAUGACCUGUGACAUCAUCUAUGCUGGAGAGAAGGCCCGUUUUGGACAGCCCGAGAUCCUGAUCGGAACCAUUCCCGGCGCUGGAGGCACCCAACGAUUGACCAGAGCCGUGGGAAAGAGUUUGGCCAUGGAGCUGUGUCUGACUGGAGAUCAGAUCAGUGCCGAAGAAGCGCUGAAGAGAGGAUUGGUCUCAAAAGUAGGUUGUUGGAAGGGGAAGGGAUGGUGUUUCGAAGAGUGGAGGUUUUGAUUUUUUUGAAGAAAAAUGAAGGUUUUGGUUGCGAUUGGGAAAAUUUUGGAAAAUCCUGAAAUUUUAUUAGAAAGGAAGUGAGGUUUAUGAAACGAAACAUGUUAUUCAUCAAAAAUCUUCCCAAAAAUUUAAAAUUUACAUAAACCGUUAAAUAAUUUGAAAAAAUUAUCAGGUGUUCCCAGUUGAUCAACUUGUCCCCAAAACCAUCGAAUUAGCCGAGAAAAUCGCGGCCAACUCCCCUCUGAUUGUCCAAUUGGCCAAGGAGUCGGUGAACCGGGCCUUCGAAACCACUCUUCAAGAAGGCCUUCUGUUCGAACGUCGCUUCUUCCACGUCACUUUCGGCACCAACGACCGCAAAGAAGGAAUGACCGCCUUUGCCGAAAAGAGGAAGGCCAACUGGACUGCCAGCUAA